GGCCCAGUAUAAAAACAGGAGGGCCGCAGUGCAUCACGCGUGCGUGUGUUCUUCGCUCCAGCCAGUUCAGCGAUGUCUCUCGAAGCGUGCCUCGGACGACAGUACAAGCUCGAGAAGAGCGAAAAUUUUGAGGAGUUCCUGAAGGCUUUCGGUGUGGGCUACCUAAUCCGCAAGAUGGCGCAGGUGGUGAACCCGUACAUCGAACUGAAGCGGGACGGCGACUUGUACACGCUGACGUCCAGCUCGUCGUUCAAACACCGCGAGCUGAAGUUCCGGCUGGGCGAGGAGUUCGAGGAGGAGCGCCACGACGGAGCCCUCGUCAAGGCGGUCAUCACGCUGCAGGACGAGAGUACGCUGUUCCACCGCCAGAUGGCCGACGACGGCAAGAGCGCCACCGUCACCAGGCACUUCACGCCCGAGCAGGUCACCAUUACUAUGCAGCUCAAUGAUGUUAUAUGCAAGAAAAUAUACAAGGCAGUCUAGAAACGCAAAGGUUGCCCUGGAGAACGGUGGGAUCAUAUUUUCUGCAAACAGCACAUUUG